AUGCAUGGAAUGGGUGUAGUACAGUGGGCAAGAGUUAGGUGUACUAAAGAUAACCAAAGGAAUCCACAAAAGGAACGACGUGAUGAGAUGGGGUUUGACAUGAUCGAACAUGUUCGAAGACAGACUGAACCGUUUACUGUCUUUGAAGGAAUGAGCGGAGAAAUUGUGGUAUCGAAAUCGUGUCAUGACGACUUCUCUUCACCUACACCGUGGAGAAACUUUGAGAUCAUUGUUGAAGACCGGUCUUUCUAUGUGAACCCUGGUUGGCUGGCGGAACUGUCACCGUUUUUUGCUGAAUACUGUUUCGGUGAAGAUGCUCACCGAUCGUUGAUCAUAGAUGACAUCAAACCUUCUGAUAUGCUGGAAUUUUUCCGCUGCAUAUUCUUCUGUCCAAUGCGUAAACCACUUAAUGUUUCCAAUGUGUCUUUGAUUCUACGCGUAGCAUCUCGUUUUGAAAUGAAGCCGGUUGUCGCCAGAUGUGAGCAGUUCGUGUCCCGCACCGCGAAUACACUCGAUCGUGAACGGUUGUUCCAGGUAACGUGCGCAGUUUCUCACUGCGAUCCUAACAGCUCAACGAUGAGUGUGCUGGUUGACAAAUUGGCUUCAAUAAAGGAGGAAGAUCUGUCUCAGAUGCAGUUCUCACAGAUGCCGGGGGAUGUGGUCGCUGAAGUAUACACACAGAAGUUUCGCGAGCGUGAACGGAAGCGCCAGCAGUGGUGUUGCUUGAUGAGUUGGCUGGAAGCGCUGCGAAGGCGAAAACGACGACGUGCGCGUCGAAAUUGA